AGUUUCCUUUCAACAGAACAUCUCGGCUGAGAAAACGAGUGCGCCAUUUGAGAUUUCUCUUUUUUUUCUUUUCAUUUAAAAAGCUCUUGUUUUGCUUCUUUGCUCCCGUUGGAAAUUCACAUACAUGUAUUCGCGCUCAAAUAAUCUUCUUUAAAAAAGUAUAUAACACUUUCCCCCGUUUGGUCAUAAGAGCAUUUUUUUCUUUUUCUUUUUCCCUUUUCAAGGCGUUGUCAACGUCGUUGCUGAAUAUUUGCUGAUAUAUAUGUAUUGUUGUGUCUCUUUGUAGGUGACAUUCCAUCGCGGAGCUGCCAUUUUGUUAUUGUCAACACCCUCGCAGAUACCCACCCACACAGUUUGCACCUGCAGUAAAGACCUGUGCAGCUGUGCUUUCGUUGCUAGAGUGAGCCCGCAGGAAAUCCAGGCAAAAUAUUUUUUUUGUUGGUAAAGUAGGUGACCUUGGUGAACCAAUACGGCCGCUUCGUACACAUAUCGAUAAGUCUUCCCCUGGCAGAAAGGGAUUCAACGUGAGACCGCUCCCCAUUUUCGUUUCCGUUUGUGUACGUGUUUUUUUUUUUUUCUGCUACUUCGAGCUUUUCUUUUUCUGUCUCCUCGCUUUUCAUCCUUCCGUUCCACUGACGCCCUCUUCAUCCCACCAAAGGAGAAAACAAGAAGCAUCGCAUCUUGUGUUCCGCCUUCGCGAAGAAUCUGGUCGUCUAUUUUAAUUUUUAUUUGACUUUUUCUUUGGCACUGCACUUUUUUGGAAGUACCUUUCAAAUAGAGACGAUAAGAGGAUCCACCGUUGCCUCGUUUCUCAAAUUGCGCCUUCGCUGGUACGGAGGAUCGUCUAAAUCCGAAAGAGGACAAAAAGAACAUCGCAAAAGACUGAAGCAGUGGAAAGAAUCGGAGUGGGUUAAAAAACUAAAGCUAACGCUACACAAAAGAAAACCACACUAAAAGGUAACGGAAAGAUCUGUGUGCUGUGGACGUCUUUCAUUGUGAGUCUAAGGUAUUGAUAUUGAGUUCCUGACGGCGUUGUGUUUCUGUGCCAUUCUUUUUUUUUUCCUUUUCUUUUCUCUCUUGGAAACGGAAUUUUUAGUUCUGUAAAUUGUUUUGUUCAAUUCUUCCUUUCUUCUUCUUUUUCCAUUGGUGUCAUCUCCGGUUUCUUUUAUUUAUCUAUGUCUUCUCUCUAUCUUCUAUUAUCAUUAUAGUUGUUCCUCCUUUCUAAUCCCCUCACUUUUUUUUUUGUGACUGAAAAGAAAACGAUUGUUAUCAUCAUCUUCUUCUUCUAUUAUUUAUUAUUAUUAUUCGCCUUCUGCGAGGGUCUUUUCGCCAUAAUCGGGAUCAUCUCGCACGCGUUACCAAAAAAAAAAGAAUUGUGUGGAUUCUAAACACACAUUAUUUAUUUAUUUCUCUCCCGCUUAAAACUACAACAACAACAGCAAAAAAUCCCGUUGUUUUUGCUCUUUUCUUUCCCUUUUGUCGUCUGUAAAUACACAUACGUAAAUUUGAAUAUAUAUAUAUAGUAUCUACUUACCUCCCUCCCUCUCUCUCUCUCUCCGCAGCGGAACACCGUGUGCGUAUAAGCUUCGAAAAGGAAACGUGAGUGAGCAGAUUUCUUUUUGUCACGUUGGCGAGUUCGGUUUUCUUUUUUUGCUUCAUCAUCCCUUCUGACUUUUUUUUCUCUUUUUUUUCUUCUGGUUUGUUUUUAUAUCUAUUUUCCUCUCGUUCCAAAGAUCUCUGUGCACAAGGUAGUUCAUCUCUCACUUUUUCUUUGUUCUUUUCUUUCUUCUUUUUGCCUCUAAUCUCAUUGAAUAGUCUUUGUUGUUUGUGUUUUAUCGGUCUUUGUUUUUUCGCGUACAAUCUUCGGGUUGUCCUCAUCUUCUCCUCCUUGACCUUUUUUUUUGAAUUUAACAUUUUUUGGUUCGUUCAUGAUAUAUUUCCGUUCCCCCCCACCCCCACCCCUUAAUACAUCUAUUGGUUUCGUGCCUAUCCAACUGUGAACAGCAAGUACUUUUGUUUUAUUCCCCCUUUGCUUCUCUUGCUUGGUUUAUUUCUUCUCUGUUUUGAUUUUUGGUAUAGUUCAUUUACUUUCACGCAUACACGCUUAAAAAUAAAAAAGAAAAGAAGGAAACCGGUGGUCAUCAGCUAUAUUGGACGUACAAUCUAUUGUAUACAUUGCACUGCUUUGCUCGUUUUCAGUAGCGUGGUGACCGUCAUCAUUUCGCUACUGACUUCAAAAUAAAGGUGCAUAAUUGCUGUGUUAUAACCCCGAACUGACAUCUCCUUUUUUUUUGGAUAUUUGAAGGGUGGUGAAGGAAAUCCUGUGCGUGUGUGUGUGUGUCUUCUUUUUCCCUUGUACCUGCUUUCCCCCUUUUGUUUUUGUUUUUCUGAUUGCUCUUGGGUGCUCCAGGCGUAAUCAACCUCUUUUGAUAUAAGAAAGAAACGCACUGAUCUGUUCUCCCCCUGUCCCUUUCGGUUGUGGUGGUGUGUUUGUGUACUGGGCGCCCUUCAGGACCACAGUUCUGAAAGAGAAGGAAGUGAAUCAAGAAGAACACGAAAAAGGUUGUGAAAGCGUACCUGCCAACACGAGAAGGUUCCUUCUUGAAUUUAUUAAUUUAUUUGUUUUGAAAGCUACCGUUUUUUUUUUGUGUGUGUUCUUCUGCUGUUGUUUUUCUCUUUGUAUGUUAACUCCUGAGCAGUGUUUUCUCCUUUGCUUCGUUAAUCAAUCUUUUUAUUUAUUUGUAUUGUGUCUUUUCAUCUUUGUUUUGACGUUACUCUUCAGCAGAACAAAAAAGUUAUCGAAAGCGCCCUUUUUCUCUCUCACACACGAAGGGCUUUACCGCCGUGAAAGAACUGGUGUUUUUCUUCCCCCCUGUUUCCUUUAUCUGUUCUUCUUUUAACGCGUAUGAUUGUUGUUGGUAGAAGCAUUGCUGUCCUUCAUCCUUCGCAGCGAAUCUUUCGUGGCUUUCAUUUUUAAAACACACCGGAUACAACAAAAUACGCAAACAAAACAGCAAAAAGAAAAUCUACAGGAAUUGUAUACACAUACACAGAUAUAUAUGUAAAGAGAAGUAAAGCUUCGACAAUAACGGGAAACAAAAACCAUCAUUUCUUUCGUUUUGUUUUACUGUCACUUACAAUUUUUUUUUCCAGAGUUUUGUCAACGGUAGAAGUGCGUACAACGCGUGUGUGUUUUUUUUCCUUCUGAAAAAAUACAUUUUACUGCCUUCCUUUUUCGUUUUGUUAUUCGACCGACGCGCGUGCGUUCAGGCAUUACUCUCAUUUUAUAUAUAUAUAUAUAUAUAUAUAUUCUUGGCGCUGAACCAAAUUUUUACCCGUGACAUCAGCUUCGCCGCGCGGGUGUGUUGGAAGGCAGGGAAAGAAGAGAAUCUCUAUUUUUCCCCCUUCUGGAUCGCUAUCAGCUUGUAUAUAUAUGUGUGUGUGUGUGUGUGGAUUACGUAUCCCGUGUGGGUUGAUCCAUCUCGGCUUUGUUAAGUUUACGGAGCGGUUAGCCCGUUGGAGCGCCUGAACGACAGCGAAGAGGUGCUCCUGCUUUUUGAGUCGACGAGACUUGCGCACGGCGUUUUCUCGUGUUGCUCGUUCUUCUCUCUUUUUAUUCAAUAAGGGACGCAACAUGUCGGCAACGACAGCGCGCAGCGAUACAAGCACCCCGGUGCGUACGAACACCGCAGCUUCUCAGCUGUGGGAAACAGGGGAGAGCAGUCUGCUGUGUGCCGCCGACGGCGCCGAGCAACUCGACGACUGCGGAGAUGCGCCGAACUGCCUUCAACAGAACUUCCCCAACAAAUGCGAGUUGUUCAGCACGGAAAGUUUGCCACUCGGCUUGCGAAGUGAGACGGAAUCUGGCAGCUUCCCCUUUGACCUGACAGCGACGUGGACGUCGAAUCGAACCCUCUCCAUUCUGUCAGCGACCUCGGCGCAGGUGCGCACUUCUACGUCCGUGCCCAACGCUUCUGUGUCUGAGAUGUCAGCGCCGCUGCAGUCCCCGUGUGUUGCUACCGCCGACGCAGAGGAGGACUCGCACAAACACGAGGAGAUCAUCCAGCGUAACGUGUACAUCUCGGGGCUGCCGUCGUACAUGCAGUCGGGCGAGUUUCGCGAGCUGUGCCAGCGCUUCGGCCGUGUGGAGGCGUCGAAGCUGUGCGUGGAGGGGCCGUCGAACCCGACGAAGGGGUACGGGUUUGUGCUGUACUACAGCGAGGAGAGCGCGACGGCGUGCAUCAAGGGGCUGAGCGGGAGCUACCUGAAUGGACGCUGCCUACAGGCGCGUCUGGCCGACACACACGCCACGCCGCACGAGUCCAAGAGACGCAUGCAACCACGACCUCCGUCGCCACCGCCACCGCCGUUUGCGCCGCCGGAGCACAACGCUGCGGAGCGCCAUCGCUUGAUGCCGCACAAGGUUCCGUCCAGCGGCGGCAACAACGAUAAAAUGACAUUGUUUAACGACGACGUCUCCCCGAAAGUGGUCUUGCCGCCUCCGCCUCCGCUGCCGGUUCAGAUUGUGCACCCGGCCAACGCCUUUCUGAUGAAUGCGAACUCCUCGGCCACCUCUGCCGGCACCCCAACUGCUGCGUUUUCAAUGGCUGCACAGCUGAUCCCCGGUGUGGGCCUCGCCGACCCGAGCCACGCGACGAUGCAGGGCAUGUACUACACCUGCGCGCCGCCGCUGCAGGCCUACCAGAUCUCGCCGAUGUCUGGUGGUGCGGAGGGACAGGUGGUGAUGCUGCAGCCACAGCCGACGAUUGUGUACAUGGCGCCGUCGCCCUACUUCACCGCUGCCGCUGCGACAGCGAGAACGAGCAGGUGCGCGGCGCUGCCGAACUCGUCGUUUGGCCAGGGGACGCCGACGCUGCCGCCGCUGAUGUUGUCGUCGACGCCGCCCGCUGGAGUGCAGAUAAUCUCGCUCCCGUCUGCGCCGAGUGCCCUUCCAAUGUAG